UGUAAAUACUAAACCAGAAAUUGUUGAACCGGACCAACCGGGAGUAAAAUUAAACGCCAGUUUUUGGGGAAGAGACGAAAAAUUCUAAGUCCAAAGACCAUCUUUUUCUCCUCACUCUUCUGCUACAUACUCGUUCUCUCUCUGUAUAAUAUCUGCUAAAAAUAGAUGACGAUCCUUAGUCGAAAUUCCUGUCUCUUACUCUCACUCCUCUGUUGUUACGACUAUAUAUCAUUACAAACACAGAAGACUCUGAGAUUGAUCUUCUUCUUCCAAAAAUGGCGUUUAUGAAACUUGGCUCCAAAUCCGAAGCUUUCCAUCGCGAAGGCCAGACCUGGCUCUGCACCACAGGACUAGUCAGUGAUGUUACCAUAGAGGUUGGAGACAUGAAGUUUCAUCUCCACAAGUUCCCAUUGCUCUCAAGAAGCGGCCUUCUCGAGAGGCUAAUCGAAGAGUCAUCAACCGAUGACGACGGAUCAGGCUGUGUUCUGACUCUAGACGAGAUACCAGGAGGCGGCAAAACGUUCGAGCUCGUAACAAAGUUCUGCUACGGCGUCAAAAUCGAGCUUACCGCGUUCAACGUCGUCGCCCUCAGAUGCGCAGCUGAGUAUCUCGACAUGACUGACAAUUACGGAGAAGGGAAUCUCGUCGGUAUGACCGAGACUUUCCUCAACGAAGUGUUUAACAACUGGACCGACUCCAUCAAAGCUCUCCAGACGUGCGAGGAAGUCACCGAUCACGCCGAAGAUCUCAACGUCAUCUCAAGAUGCGUUGAUUCUUUAGCUAGCAAGGCAUGUGCUGACCCGAACCUUUUCAAGAAUGCGACGACGAGCAGGGAGAAGAAGAAGAACACAAAGAACGAAGAUGAAACAAAUCUUUGGAACGGAAUCUCAGCGUCUGGAAAGAUAACCGGUGAAGAUUGGUGGUUUGAUGACGCUUCUUUCCUCGUCUUGCCUCUCUUCAAAAGACUCAUCACCGCUAUCGAAUCACGAGGGAUGAAGCUAGAGAACAUAGCGAUGGCUGUAAUGUACUACGCAAGGAAACAUAUCCCUCUGAUGAACAGACAAGCGACGACGGAUGAGGAAGCGAUCGAGACACCGAGUCGUCCUUCCGAAGACGAACAAAAGACUACUCUCGAAGAGAUUGUUUCUUUGCUUCCAAGCAAGAAAGGUGUGAACCCGACCAAGUUUCUCCUCAGGCUGCUUCAGACAGCGAUGGUGCUUCACGCGAGUCAAUCUUCUAGGGAGGAUCUCGAGACGAGAAUCGGUAACCAGCUGGACCAAGCUGCUCUAGUGGAUCUUCUUAUACCAAACGUGGGAUACUCUGAAACGCUUUAUGAUGUCGAAUGCGUUCUGAGAAUGAUCGAGCAGUUCGUCUCUUCAACCGAGCAAGCAGGCGUUGUUGUCCCUUCUCCAUCCAUCGAAGAAGACGAUUUGCUCACUCCUACAACCUUAGUAGCAACUCUUGUCGACGGUUAUCUCGCUGAGGUGGCACCUGACGUUAACCUAAAGCUAGCAAAGUUCGAAGCCAUCGCUGCUGCGAUACCUGAUUACGCGAGACCGCUUGAUGACGGAGUUUAUCACGCGAUAGACGUGUACUUAAAGGCGCAUGCGUGGAUCACGGAUUCAGAAAGAGAGCAGAUAUGUAGGCUCAUGAACUGCCAGAAGCUCUCGCUGGAAGCUAGCACGCACGCGGCUCAGAACGAGAGGCUGCCUCUUCGUGUGAUUGUUCAGGUUCUGUUUUUCGAACAGCUUAGGCUCAGGACGUCUAUAUCUGGCUGGUUAUUUGUCUCUGAGAAUCUAGAUAACCCUGAUCUGCAACAAAGUGGAGGCAAUGGUGGUGGUUUGCUAAAACCUAGAGGCGAGAACGUGAGAGAAAAGGUUUCUGAGCUGGAGAGAGAGUGUAUGGAUAUGAAAGAAGAGCUUCAGAAGCUUGUGAGGUCGAAGAGAAGCUGGAAGAAUUUUACAAGGAAGCUUAACUUCAAGAAGAAAUCAGAGUGCUGCAACAACCCCAAGGAUCAAGCAAAGCAAGCAACUUAGCAAGAACAACUCUGUUUUGGGGCAGAACAGAGUAGCUCUGUUUUUUUUCUUGCUAUUGAAGAUACUCUGGUUU